AUGGAACCUCGAAAUAAUCCUCCACACCCAGAGAUGUUGUGUAUAGGUGAACUUAAUAACCUUAAUAUCUUGGACAUUGGCAAUAAUCAUUUGAAAGGAGCAAUUUCUUCCAAUAUAUUCAACAUUUCAACAUUGACAAUUUUGCACCUUGGUAAUAAUUUUCUCUCUGGCCUUCUCCCAUCAUAUUUAGGAAUUGGCCUUCCCAACUUGAAGCAAUUAUUACUGGAGGAGAAUGAACUGAGUGGACAAAUUCCAAACAGCAUAUCAAAUGCAUCUAAGCUCAUCAAGUUAGAUUUAUCAUCAAACAAAUUUAGCGGAGCUAUACCCAACAUACUUGGAAAUUUAACAAACUUGAUGGAAUUAGAUUUGGAUGGGAAUGAUUUGAGUGGGUUGAUUCCUGAUACAGUUAACAGAUUUCAUGGCCUUCAACGUUUAAACCUCAACAACAAUAGAUUGCAUGGGUCCAUCAUAAAUGAACUUUGUCAACUCAAAAGUCUAAGUGAGUUGUAUCUUGCCAACAACAUGUUUUCAGGAGCGGUUCCAAGAUGCUUCGGGAAUACUUCUCUAUAG